AUGCAGGGGGCAGUGCUGACUACGCGACGCAGAGCCUUCUCGCAGCAAGCUCUGCGGCGCUUGGAGGAGGUCUCCAACGGCCGACGAGCGUCCACAGUGAAGCCUUCGACCGCCAAAGCGCUGGAGCUGGAUGGCCGCUCGUAUCUUCUACCCACGCUAACGCUGUCAAAAGUUUCAUCCAAAGAGACGAAAGACUCGCAGUUGUUCCAGGCCCGAGCGAACCGACCGACACCUGUCGUGCUAGAUCUGCAGCAAGUCUCCAGUGACGGCUCUCCACACUCGCAGUCGAUAAAGAAACAUGAACUGAGAAACGAGAUUCUGCAAUUACAGGAAGCUGGGUACAUGCCGGUGGGGAUCACUAAUGCCAGUGAAGACGUCAAGAAGGCGGCAGCGGCGCUGAACCUGCCUUACUUCAUCGGCACAAGGCUACACUUGCAGCAGCAGCCGGAGACGGCAACGGAGCCAUUUGCUCCCAUGGUAGUGAGCCACUCGGUACGCUCUGGACAGCAGAUUUUCGCGCAGAACAGGUCGCUCAUCGUGCUGGGCAGCGUCAGCUCUGGCGCCGAGGUGAUGGCAGAUGAAGAUGUGGUCGUGCUAGGCGCACUCAAGGGCCGCGCACUCGCGGGUAUCGGCGGCAAUGUGCGUGCUCGUAUUGUCUGCCAGAGCUUCGACGCUGAACUCAUUUCCAUCGCGCACUGCUUCACGACGUGUGACGCCUUGGACAAGGACGAAACUGGAUCGCUGCAGCUGCACAAACCCACAGCCAUCUCGCUUCAAGACGACCGACUGCACUUCGAGUCGUCGACUGUGUAA